CCUCUCAACGGAAGGAGGGAGGAAGAAGCUCCGUCGCUCUUUAGAUCUUCUUCACUCUGGAACAUCAAAAACAAUAAGGAAGAUAAAACUCUAAAGCCUCGAGCUUUCGGAUCAGCUUAGAUGUCUUUGAUACACCUCUUCUUCUUCUUCGUGGGUUUGGUAAGCUUUGAAGCUGCUGCUUCUGCGACGUCGUUUUCCCACGGAUCGCGCUCGAUUCUCCGGGACAUCGGUAGUAACGUCAUCUCGGAUCAUAAAGAUAACGCCGUCGAGUUGAACGCCACCAACUUUGAUUCAGUUUUCCAAGACACCCCCGCCAAGUACGCCGUGUUGGAGUUCUUCGCUCACUGGUGUCCUGCAUGUAGGAACUACAAGCCUCAUUAUGAGAAAGUCGCUAGGCUCUUCAAUGGACCUGAGGCUGUACAUCCUGGUACCGUUUUGAUGACUAGGGUUGAUUGUGCGGAUAAGAUGAAUGUUAAGCUCUGUGAUAAAUUCUCCAUCAAACGUUAUCCAAUGCUUUUCUGGGGCCCUCCUAGAAAGUUCGUUGGUGGAAGCUGGGAGCCUAAACAAGAGAAAAGUGAGAUAAUUGUGGUUGAGGAAUGGCGCACUGCUGAUCUUUUGUUGAGCUGGAUUAACAAGCAGCUAGGAAGCUCUUAUGGCUUGGAGGAUCAGAAACUUGGAAAUGGGCAUCUCCUACCGAAUAUAUCUGACCACGAACAGAUUUCUCAGGCCGUAUAUGACAUUGAGGAGGCAACUGAAGAAGCUUUUGAUAUCAUCUUGUCACUCAAGGCAAUCAAGUCUUCUGAAACCGGUGCUUCGUUUAUUAGGUUUCUCCAGCUUUUGGUGCCUCAUCAUCCUUCAAGAAGGUGUCGUAAGGGAAGUGCUGAAAUUCUCAUGAACUUCGAUGAUUUGUGCCCGGCAGGCGAGUGCUCUUAUGACUCCGGAGUGAAUAAUACUCUACGAAACUUCCAUGUAUGUGGAAAGGAUCUUCCUCGUGGAUCUUACAUGUUUUGCCGUGGCAGCAAGAAUGAAACUAGGGGAUUCAGCUGCGGAUUAUGGAUUUUGAUGCAUUCACUUUCUGUGAGGAUAGAGGAUGGAGAAAGUCAGUUUGCAUUCACAACCAUUUGUGACUUCAUCAACAACUUCUUCAUGUGUGAUGAAUGCCGCCGCCAUUUUCACGACAUGUGCUUAAGCGUAAAAACUCCGUUUAAAAAGGCACGUGAUGUGGUCUUGUGGCUCUGGAGCACACAUAACAAGGUCAACGAGAGACUCAAAAAGGACGAAGAAUCUCUUGGAACAGGAGACCCCAAGUUCCCAAAGAUGAUAUGGCCACCAAAGCAGCUUUGCACAUCGUGUUAUCUUUCGAGCACCGGGAAGAACAUUGAUUGGGAUCACGAUGAAGUGUACAAAUUCUUGAAAAUGUACUACGGACAGAAACUGGUGUCUUCUUACAAGAAAAAGAGUGAUGGUGUGAGUAAGGAGGAGGUGGUUGCAGCUGCAGAAGAAAUGGCAGUGCCAACGAACGCACUAGUUGUACCUGUGGGAGCUGCAUUGGCUAUAGCACUUGCGAGCUGCGCAUUUGGGGCGCUCGCAUGCUACUGGAGGACACAGCAGAAGAACCGGAAGCAUCACCACAAUCCGCACUAUCUAAGGAGAUAUAGUAGUAACUAUUUGGUGAUGAAUACGUUCAGUAACAAUGAAAGCGAGAGGGAAAAGGAGAGAUGAAGUAAUUUAAAGAAGAAGAAAAAGCUCACAUUGUUUUGACAUUCAGGCAAAGGGAUUAGCUGGAGUUGAUGUUGAGCUUUGUGUUAUGUUGUAACUUACAGAGAACAGAUGCAAACAUGGUGAGGUUGAGAUGCCAAAGUCUCCUGCUUCAGGGUCCUUUUCUCUCAUUCUCAUCUUACUGAUUGUAUAGAUUUUUCCCUCCAUUUUUGGACUAUACAGUAGACCCCUUUAUAUCUCUCUAUAUAUGUAUGUCAAAACAGAAUAUUUCCUUAAAAUCCUAUUGAAUCUCCC